UGUGCCGGGGCUGCCUGGAGGCUGUGCGGGGGCUGCCUGGCGCUGGUGGCCGGCCGCGCUGAGGCGGGGAAGGUCGGGGCCGCGCCGUGCCCAUGGACUAGUCGAGGCAGUGGAGGGACGCUUGAGUCGCCGACCGCCGCCUCGCUCUCCGCCCAACUUGGCAAAACUUAGCGAGCCGGCUGCUGCCCCCGACGCUAUUCUACAGAAGAUGCACUAUUACCGAUAUUCUAAUGCAGAAGUCAGCUGUUGGUACAAAUACCUCCUCUUCAGCUACAACAUUGUCUUCUGGCUAGCUGGGGUGGCCUUUCUUGCAGCUGGUCUGUGGGCAUGGAGUGAAAAGGGUGUAUUGUCUGAUCUGACAAAGGUGACUGGUCUUCAUGGUCUGGAUCCAGUGGUGCUUGUCUUAAUGGUGGGAAUAGUGAUGUUUACUUUGGGAUUUGCAGGUUGUGUAGGAGCACUAAGAGAAAACAUCUGCCUUCUGAAAUUUUUCUGUGGAGCCAUUGUGUUUAUAUUUCUGCUGGAGCUGGCAGUGGCAGUUCUGGCUUUCCUUUUCCAGGACUGGGUGAGGGACAGGGUCAAGGAAUUCUUUGAGAAUAAUAUUAAAUCCUACCGAGACGAUAUUGACCUCCAGAACCUCAUUGAUUCUCUGCAAAAAAUUAACCAUUGCUGUGGUGCCCAAGGUCCAGAUGACUGGGACUUUAACAUAUACUUCAACUGCAGCAGUGAAAGCAAAAGUCGUGAGAAGUGUGGCGUUCCUUUUUCCUGUUGUAUCCCUGAUCCUGCUCAAAAGGUUGUGAAUACACAGUGUGGCUAUGAUAUCAGAAAGAAGAGCAAGAAUGAAUGGGACGAUCAGAUUUUUGUCAAAGGAUGUAUUCUUGCUCUUGAAGCUUGGUUACCCAGAAAUAUCUACAUGGUUGCAGGUGUCUUCAUAGCUAUCUCGCUGCUCCAGAUUUUUGGGAUUUUCCUAGCCAGGACAUUGAUCUCUGAUAUUGAAGCUGUAAAGGCAGGUAAUGCCUUCUGAAUAUGAAAGCAGACACAUGUUGCCAAAGUAUAUUUUUCAGUUCCUGGGGUGAACACCAAGGUGGAAGAGAUGCACAGACCAUGAAUCUCCUUUUAUUAAAAGCCUUAUGUGGAUUUUACUCCACUCAUGCUUUUUGUUAGAAGCUGGUACAAAAAGAUCUUUGAAUACAUGCCUGUCUACCUUUUUUUCUAACAACUUGGUGCACCAGCAUUGAUCUCUGAGGAAGAAAUGGAAUUUCCCAAGACAUUGACGGAACAAAUUUUAAAGGUUGUAGCAAGGAGACAUGAAACUGCUGUAAACUCUUUCCUUGAAGGAUUGCCAUGAAGAUUGUUCUGGUUUCACUCUCAACUCUUGCUUGUCUCAAAACGUAAUCUAUUCUGAAGGUGUGCUGACUUCUUCAGAGUCUUGAAGUAAUUUUAAUCUCUACAAGUAGACUCAUACAAUGAUUAUUUUUAUUUUUUUUUAAGAUACCCAGCAACCAUAAUAAUCAUAUUAUUGGAAACUGAAAAAAAAAAGCCAGUCACAAAUUCUCUAGUUCUUUGAUUUUCAGCUGUGCAGAAGUAGGGAUAUUUGUUUCACUGGGAAUAACAGAUGUAUCAGAACUUGUGCUCAGCAUCAGAGAGAUUAAGUAACCCAUGCCAUUUUGAAAAUUCAGGCCUUUUCUGAAGAAGGUGAAAAUCUGACUAUAGCAUUAUAUGUUAGAAAUUCCCAUUUCAGGCAAGGGGAUGUGAAUCCCUGAUGCUAUUUCCUGUCUGAAAAAAAUGUACGUAUUCUUUAUUUAUAGAAGAAAAAACUCUUCCAAAAUGCUUGGUUUGUUAUGGAUUAGUAAUAACUUUUUAAAGUACUGUCUUCAGAAUUUUCAAAAUGCAGUUUGUCUCAGUAGGCAGCAAGCAUGCUAUGCUAUCUGUUGAUGAUUUUUGCUUUUCCUCUAGUUUCUCUCACAACUGCUAUGUUGAUCUUCACAGGUCCUAAGUGCUAAUACCAGGACUGAUCAAAAACAUUCAAGUUCAGCAUUAAUCCCUCUGCAGUCUGUUUUUUAAUGAGGAAAUACACGUUUAGUGAAAGACUGGAAUUGUUGACUUUUUUUCAUCUUCUGCAAAGCUAUUCAAUCAUCUGUUCUGCUUGUAUUUGGAUACAUGGUUCAAAUGCCAUUCACGAUAUGAUGAAGCAGAAUUAUUUGCUCACAGUAAUUUUCUGCAUCAAACUGAACAACUCCUGAAGUCUAUUUCUUAUUUUUAUCAGAAAAAAACUAAAUUAUUCUUCCUGUUUUUCCUUCUUGGGGGUUCAGUAGAUGGAUCUGUAGUUCAGUAAGAGUUCCAGUCUUCUCUAAAAGACCUUGGCAUAAUAUUUUUAGCUUUAAGAUAGAGGCAUGUGAGUGAAAAGUUUCUGGAAGUAGCCGUAGCUGUCAGUUCUGCUGUGGGCCAUAUAACUAACAUUGUUUACUGCUUCCAGUGACACCUGUUUUUUCAGGGAGAGCAGGUUUAUUAACAGUGCCUAACAUAGUGUAAAUUUUAGAAAAGUAUAUAUUUUUAUAAUGAUAUUUCACUACAUGUAGUGUGCCUGAAGGAUUUAAUACUUUUAUUUCUGAAGUUACUUUCUUAGGAAGCCAAACUCUUAAACCUCUCUCUAAUGUCCUUUUUUCUGUUGUGCAUGUAUUAACGAACAUUUCACUGGCAAAAGCUGAUGAACAAUAAGAGUCUUUGUGUCUAUAUUAAUUGUCCAGACAUCCUUCUGACUUUUUAUCUCUGAAGUACUUCACAGACAAAGCUGUACUUCUCUGUACUUCAAUUCAGCUUUCAUAGUUGUUUUUCUGGGCAGAGACUGAGACACAACAGGAAAAGGAAGCUUGUCUAAGGAUGGCUGAUUUCCUUACAGUGGCUGAGAACAGGCUGAUAUUACUCAUUUGAAAAACCAGAAUGUAAAAUCGCUAGAAGUGCACUUUUUUUUUAACUUUGAUAUAUGAGGAAACAAUACCAGUAGAUCACUGAGGGCUUGACUAAGAGGCAUUUCUUCUGUAGAGCCUUGAAUUUGAGGUCUGUAUUACUUGUUGAAUCUAGUCCAUCAGGAGCAGCCAAAAAUUUGCUGCUGUUACUGCUACUUUGCAAGCAGCGAAGCAGUGUCCGGCAACCUUUGCUUUAAAGUCUGGUGCUUGAAACUCUACAACACCUCAUCAAUCAACUUACACUGAGAUUAUGUGUAAUUAUCCGAUGUAUAUAUAAUUGAAGAAGGAAGUUUCCUAUUUGUAACUUUCUAUUUGUAACUUCUUAUUUCUAACUUCUUUAUUUGUAAAAUGCUACAUUGAAAAUUGCAUCUAGGGAAUAAGUUUCCUUUUGCCACUUCUUGAAACAGAACGAUCCUGAUAUUGGGAAGUUAUUUCAGCAGCUGGUAAAAAUCAUCAUGGUGUCAAAGAUAUCUAUGGAGUUCAUGCACUGAAAUUAGCUGCCAACAAGAACUGGUGCCACAGAUGACGAUUCCAGUGUCUGCAAACCUCACCAAGUUGCCUGUAGACGAAUGACUGCUUAGUUUAUUUUUGAAGUACCGCGAAACAGAACUGAAAUGUCUUUCCACAGUUGGUUCUUACUGGCUUUAGCCAUUCUACCACCAGUUUUGUAUCCAUGCUUCAGUGAAACUGAAUUCAAGAGAGCCACUUCAACCUAUUUGAGAUUUUUUUUAAAUUCAUGGAUGGAUUUGUUUCCAUUGUGAAUAAACUUCUCUGCCCUUAGUAUCAAUUUUGAAACCUUGGGGCUCUAGGCUUUUGAAGUGCAGCCCCAUUGGUGGUACAUGUGGCUAGUGUAAUUUCAGACUUGGAAUGGGAUUACUUUCUUACCACUUACUACCUUGUUAUAUUUAGCACCUUCUCUGUGGACCUGCAGUGACUUCAUAGCCAAAGAUUUAGGUUAUGGUUUAAAAAAGUCUUGUCAUCAAAAUCAAUUGGGUGUGAGUUUGCCUCUAAAGCCUUGAAGGAGAAGCAAUUCAACUAUUUCACAAACAGAGGUUUGAUAAAUUGUUCAUGGUAAGAUUUCGGUGGCUGCAUGUGAAACAAUUCAACCAACGCUACAAUGGAAGCAAGGUUUUCAAUAAAGAUGUCAACUGGGAGAUCAGACUUGAAUAACUAGACUGAGAGAAACUUUUCAGUGUGAUCACUUAUUUCUCAGAAAUGAGCACAACUUAUUUCUGUGAAGCAAUGUAUUUAUUUGUCAGUAUGUUUGACAGUGCAGCUGCCCUUUUUUUUCUACUAAUAACCUGCACAUGGACAAUUUUUGUGUAUGUGAAGAGGAGGAUGAAUAUAAGCACUGAAUAAAGUGCAGUGACCAAAGGAGCUUCUGUUUCCUCCUGAAAAUCUGAAUAUUUUAUUUUCCAGGGGUCUUUUAUUUUGGUGACCUUCAUACAGUGCCAUGUGGAUAGACUUGUACCUCCAGUCUGUUGAGAUUCAUGUGACAAUUGGCUUAUAUGUGGAAUUGCCUUGUUUUUUGUCUCCCCACUUCAUUCUUUCCUCUUCCUUCCCACUACCACUUGUAGGUUAUCAUACAGCUUAAGCAUUAUUUAGACAGUGGAAGAGGUUUUGUCUCUUCUUCUGAGAUGGUUUUUCUGGGUGACUUUCAUAUAUUUUUUUUCCCUCAACCCUUAAUUUGAUAUAAAUAAAAUUUAAUGUUUUUUUA